CUACCAAAUGCGCUCAUUGCGAAACCCUUUCAUUGCUAUCUACGAUUCAAUGCUUAAAAUGCGGUAUGACUUGGCAUAAAUCAUGUUUACAACGAAUUACUGUUCCAUGCGAUCAGAAUCCAAAAAGUUUUUCUGAUUCAUCUCGUCGAACCAGUGUAUUUGGUGUACCAUUAUCCAAUCAGCUAAAUGGACCUUCUCAGUUGGUUCCCAUUGUUCUGGAACGUUGUGUUGAUGAGCUUCAAAAACGUGGAUUAAAAGUGAAGGGCAUCUAUCGUACGUGUGGUGUAAAAAGUAAAAUUGAACAAAUUUGCGAAGAUUUUGAACGAGCAAGUAAUGGUAGCGAAGUGGAUUUAAGUAGCUAUCAUCCGAUGAAUAUUGCUUCCGUUGUUAAGCUUUAUCUGAGAAAAUUACCGGAACCAUUACUGACACAUGAGCUUUACGACGAAUGGAUAGCAUUCGCUGAGAAAAAUUUGGUUGAGGAAGAUUCAGAAAUUGUUGAUCAUAUCAGAUUAUUGAUGAAAAAAUUACCAGCAAGAAAUUUGGACGCGUUACAAUUCCUGUUGCUCCAUUUAAAACGAGUCACCUGGUUUGAAAUGGACAAUCUGAUGACCGCAUCAAAUUUGGGUGCUGUAAUAACACCAUCAAUGAUUUGGAAGCACCCAUCACCAUCAUCCACCUCAAACAAUAACUUUCUUUCUAGUGCUCAUUUGAUGAGUAAAGCGGUAGAGCUAAUCAUCAAACAUGCUUUUGAAGUAUUCAAUGUUGACAUCGGUGAAGACAAGCGAAUCUUUUUCCAGCAGUAUCCAGAUACCGUUGACUCACUUUCUGUAGAUCCGGAAUUAGAUGAUCGAUUGUGUGAAGGUGAAGGAAUAGUGGAUGAAGAUUUACUUGAAGAUGAAACAGAUGCAGUUUGUUCCGCUUUCCUACCGCAACCACCGACUCCAGAUUUGUUAAAGAAUACAUCCCGUAACAAGAUUGAAGCUUAUUCCAUAAACGAAGAUAUUGAUUUGGAUAGUCCCUCGGGAUCAGUACGUGCCAGUGGUUCAAGUCAAUCCGGUGGUCUAUCCGCAAGAGCUUAUUCGUUAACGGAUCGGCUAGGAGAUGAGAAAGGUAAGACAGAAGAUGUCGGUGAUAAUGCUGCAAAACAUUUACGCAAUAGAAUUGAUAAAAAGCGUAGUUACACGACAUCAAUUCUAGUAUCACCCCAUCCGGACCGGAAGCUAAUUUUACCCCAAAGACAGCAUUCAGCAGAGGACAACUGCCCGCUUAGCAUUUCUUCCGGUAAUGUGACUGUUGAAGUUGGUAAGGAUCAGAUCUACCUGCCGAGGGUAAAUGAUGAUUGUGAACGUAAAUCAAGAGAACAUGAGCAGCUCUUGUUAAUGGAUUUUUGUAGCGGAUUGAACACUGUGGAGAAGAAUAGCCGUACAAUGGUGGAUUCAGAACCGGAUACGGGUAGUAGCACUCCAUAUGUUCAUUCUACUGGAACAGCACUUUUCCAGGAGGCCGAUGUCAGUUAUAUCUAA